AUGGUUACACAACUAUUUAUUUUAUUUUCGAUUGUUGGUUCUCUAACAUUCGCUUUACAAGCUAACGAUUUUUAUGUCCAUGACUUACCACUUUUACCAAAAGCCGCUGCUUCGAUUCGUAUGCAUGCUGGACUUCUACCUGUCAAUCCUCAACAUCAUGGAUCUUUGUUCUUUUGGCAUUUUGAGAAAAAAUAUCAUAGUGACAAAUUAAGAACAGUCAUAUGGCUCAAUGGCGGCCCUGGUUGUAGUAGUCUGAUUGGAGCCUGGAUGGAAAUUGGUCCUUUCCGAUUUCAAGAUGAAAAUACAAUGAUCGAA